AUGGAUAAUCGUAUUGAAGUCAAGACGCAAGAUUCUGCAGCUAAAAAAAUCGUUUUAGAUGAUUUGAGUAAAGAAGAAUUAAUUGCAAAAUGUAAAGGUCUCCUCACCAUAGCACAAAAAGCAAAGCAAGCUAAAUCUGAAUUACAAAAUGAAGUUGCUAAUUAUAAAAGCUUACUAGAAAUUUGUGAAUCACAAAAAAAUGCCAAGGAAGAAAAUGUUCAAACAUUGCAGGAGCUUGUGGAUUCAUUAACAGAACAAAAACUUACUUUCAUCACUGAAAUUGAUGCUACACAAAGUAAAUUAAAGGCUCUGGCUAAUAAAUGUCACUAUUACGUAGAAGAAAUAACCAAACAGAAGUCUGAGUUACUACAAAAAGACCAAAGUCUCACAAAUGUGUCACAAAAAUUAUCUGAUCUUGACAGUGAAAUAACUUCUUUAAAAAGACAAAAUAAUAGACUAUUAGAGGAAAAUGAACAACUUAUAACGCAGUUAACUGAACUUGAGGCGAAAACAGAAGAAUUUAAUAAUAUUGGAUUACAACAGAGGGAGCAACUGAAAACCUUAGAAGAAAAAGUUCUACGAGAUGAAAGUUAUCAAGCUGAAGUUGAACAGCUGAAUAAGAGAAUUGAAGAGCUAGAAACAAAUUUAAAAUCAGCUGCACCGGCAGAUAGUAACACUCAAUUACAAGAUUAUGCAAUUAAAAUAGAAGAAUUGACUAAAUUAUUUGAAUCUGAGAAAUCUAAAAAAGAAAGAGCUAAUAUCAAACUAAGAAGUUAUAAAGAUAAAAUUUUGAAAUGUGCUAAUUGUAUAAACCAAUUAAAAAAUUCGAGAUUUAUUUUGACAAAAACUGUAAAAGAAUAUUCAGAAAACAUACCUAAGUGGCAAAAUGAAAUAAUUAAGGCAUCUAAAGUUCUUGAAGGACAAAUGAAAGAGCUAAAUAAAGAAAAUAAUGAUUUAAGAACCAAAUUGCAGCAAAAACAAAAAGAGUUAUUAGACCUCUCUUCUACUCAAAGUGAUUCUAAUUACUUAAAAUGUCAAAUAAAUGAACUAAAGGAAAAUGCUAAAGUAUUAAAUUCCAAGAUAUUUGACUUGCAAGAAGAACUUUCAGAAUCCAACAAAACUAAUGUCACCUUAAUUGAUGAAAUUGCAAAUUUAAGAGGAAAAGAAACUGAAUCACAGUUACUGAAAGAAAAAAAUGAUCAAAAUGCUAUAUUAAAAGAAAAAAUAAAUCAACUUCAAGCCCAAUUAGAUAUUGUGACAGUUAAUUCUACUAAAUUCGAAGAAACUAUAGCAAAUUUAACACAGGAAAACUCCAAAUUAAAAAAUAUGUUACAAUCCAAAAAGGACAAUGAUGAAGUGCAAGAGCGGACAAAUCUACUUAUAAAAGCUUUAGAAUCAGAAAAAGCUACAUUGGUUAAAGAAAAACAGAAUGCCAAGGAUAACAUAUUAGAUUUAGAAAAUAAAAAUAAGUCAUUAAAUGAUUUAAUUAGUAAAAUGAGAGAGGAAUUACAUAAUAUGAAUAAUCAUAUAGCUUGUAUUGAAAAGGAAAAUGAAGUAAUGAAAGAUAACUACAACUUAGAAAAAGAUGAAAUCAUAAAAGAGCUUAAAAGAGAAGAAAUGUUAUCCAAGGAACAAUAUGAUAAGUUAAAAAAAGAGUAUGAUAAUAUACAAGAUUUAAAUAGCUUAUUGCAAGAAGAAGUUGAGACUCUAAAACUUUCUCUAGAACAACCAAAAGAUGAUACAUAUAAUCUCUCAGAUUUAAAUGUUUCGUUACAAGCAGAUGUAGCCAAAUUGGAAACAAAACUGGCUGCUUACAAACAAGAAAAUGCAUCUCUUUUAUUAGAAGUUAAAGAAUCAAGGGGUAAAAUAAAAGAUUUUGACAAUAUGGUUGUAGAGUAUGAAGAUAUGAAAUCUAAACUUGCAUGUUACAAGAAUGAAAAUGGUGAAUUGUUGAAUGAAAUGAAAGAAAUUAAUGAAGUACUUAAAGAGAGAGGAGAAACUAUAUCUAAACUUCAAAAAGCUAUUUCGGAAAUGGAAAGGCUUAUUGAAAUACUCGAAAAAGAUAGAGAUGCUAUAAAAGAUGAACGAGAUAGUCUCUUAAAUGAAAUAGACAAUUUACGAGGUGACUUGAAAAACGCUGAACAAAACAAUUGUAAAAAUAAUGCAGCUGUGAAAACAAUUACAAUAGAAAAGGAUACCGCGUUGAAUCUUCUAGAAGAAAAGGAUGCUAUAAUUUUAGGUUUAAAAGAAGAAUUAGAAAAACUAAGACAAAGUUCUACUGUUGAAUUACCUAACGAUGACAUGUCAACUUCAACAAUAUCAAGAGCCGAAGAUCAUUCUCGUAUGAAAGAUCUAGAUGAGACGUUUGAGGAUAAGUAUACUAAGCUAAGAAUGUUUGCUUUGAAAUUAAAAAAGAAAUUAAAUGAAACAACAACACAAUUGCAAUCCUCUGAGCAAGAACAAAUGAAAUUAAAGAAAUUAUUGGCUGACAGUAAUUUGGAUAAUAAACAAAAGAUAAUCAACACAGAUGGGCUUAAUAAUAAUGAAGAUGAAACAAAUAAGUCUAAUAUUACCGAUUUAGAAGCAAAAGUAAGAAACUUAACUGCAGAUUUAGAGAAAUCAACAAUAGCAACUGCUAAAAUAGCAGAAUUAGAAGCAAAUAUUCUUGAAAAGAAUCAGCAGUUGACAGCUGAAAAGGAGGCACAUAAGGUAACAAAGGGACAGUUAGAGAAAGCUCUAAGAGAUGUAAAAAAGAAGAAUGUUCUGAGCCUUGAAAUGGAAGACUAUGAGAGAUCAAUGAAAGAACUUACAACGAAAAUGGAAGAAAAUAAGAAAAAAAUUGUACAGAUGGAAUCUACAAUCGAUACACAAGAAGGUACCAUCACAGCUAUGAAAACUCAAAUUAAACUGUUAGAAGAACAAAUAAAGACAGAAGAAACUCAAAAUAGACUUCUUAAAGAAGAAUUACAACAAGCUAUAGAAGACGGGAAGGAAAAAGAAAAUAUGGUUAACGCUAAAAAAGAUAUUAUAACAAAAUUAAUGCACGACCUUGAAGAUGAAAAGCGGAAGAAUGAAGAAGCAGAAUUGGAAAUGACAUCAGUUCUGAGCGAAAAGGAAAGGAUAAUUAUGAACUUUGGAGAAGAGAAAGUGGAGUUGAAUAGUAAAAUGAAGAAGUUGGAAUUUAAGUGUGCGGAACUAAAUGAAAAGCUGCGCAUUACAAAUAUAGAAUUAGCAGAUUUGAAAACAGAAUACACUAGCUAUAAAGUACGAGCUCAGGCAGUUCUGCGACAAAAUCAAACAGUCGACCACAGCCAAGAGGAACAGUUGAAAGAAGAGGCGGCAGCGUUGAAAGCUCAAGUAGAGACGUUAACUCAAAAGCUUAAUACAGUAGAACAGCAAUGCUCAGAUAUGAAUGCAGAGGUAGAAGCUGGUAGAAAGCGUUUGGCAGAGGCUAGCGCAGAGACGUCGCGCGCGCAGCAGCGCACCGCGCGCCUGCAGGCCGACCUCGCGCGGCUCUCGCACCAGCUCGACUCGGAGCGCUCGCAACAAAAGAUACAGAUUUCAACAUUAACACAGUGCUACAAGACACAGAUAAGUGAACUAGAGACCAGAUUACAUAAAGAAACAGAGAGUCUGAAUAAGCAGCUCGCACUUUUGCAAGAAAACAUUAAAGCUGGAAAACGUAUUGUAGACUCGAGUCGUGAGAAGUAUACACUGCCAGUCAUACCUCGAGAGGAGGGCAGUGAUAACGAAAUGGACAUCAACGUGUCUCUCAUACCGAGAGAGGAAGGAGAGGGUUCUGAAGCAGCUCCAUCCCCACCAUUGUCGAAAUCGCUCUUAUCGAGUGGCGGAAGACGUUCUCCUAUACCUUUAGAGAGGCUCUUAGAAGAAGGGGUUCCAGACAAUGAUUUCCUCGACUCUUCUUCUCUUUCUCUUACUUCAGAACAAGAGAUUGCCGAUUUGAGGAGGAAGGUCCAAGCACAGCAACAAAGAGUGAAGCACGUAACGGUGCUGCUAGCUGAGUCGGAGCGCGAGUGCGCGCGCCUCGGCCAGCUCAGCGAGCUGCUGAAGGGCGAGCUGCGCCGCGUGCGCGCCGCGCCGCACGCACACAACACUGAGUACAUGAAGAAUGUUACGCUCAAGUUCCUGACGCUGCCACCAGGAGAUGAACGCAGUCGCUUAGUGCCAGUGCUCCAAAAAAUUUUAACACUUUCUUCAGAUGAGACACAUAAAAUACAGGCGAUUGCUAAAGGUCAGGAUCCCAAUCCAGGUAAGGGCUGGGGGAGCUACCUACCAUGGCCCGGAGGCAAA